GUAACGCUCGCCACGACGGGAAUUCAGAGUCGUAGAGCCUCAUACGCGGGUCAUAAACGAUCCGCGGCCAUACUAGAGGUGCACGCGCGAGAAUCGAUCCGAAUCGCCGGCGAUAAACGCAUCUCCCGCGAGGCGAUCGUCGCGCGCCGCGUCGCCGCCGAGCGAUGAGUUCCAAGUUCAUCAUCGAUAGCAUGCUCCCCAAGUACCACCAGCAGUUCCAUCAUCAGAACUUGUUUGCGGGUACGGGGGCCUCGCCGAUAGAGGCAUCGUUGUCGUCGUCGCUGUCGUCGUCGUUGUCGACGUCGCUGUCCUCGUCGUUGUCUGGCGGGCUGGGGGCGGCCGCGCUGGGCGCGGGGUCGCCGGGCGCAGGAAGCCCGCAGCGCUCCUCGUCGUCGUCGUCGGCGUCGCCGGGCGCGCCGGCGAGGAUGUACCCGUACGUGUCGCACCACCAGCAGUUCGGCGGGUCGGUGCCCUUCCCCACCGGCGGAGGGCUGUCGGCGGAUGACAAGAGUUGCCGGUAUCCUACCGCAGGAGACCCGAUGGUAAACUACGCGCUGGGUCAGCACAACGGGGGAGCGGCGGUGUCGGCCGCGUCGGCCAGCAUGGCGGCGGCGGCGCAGUUUUACCACCAGGCGGCGGCCUCGGCAGCGUCGGCGGCCUCCGCGGCCUCGGUGGACGCCAUGGGCGCUGCCUGCUCCCAGCCCUCCGCCCAGCCUCUGCCAGACAUACCACGUUAUCCCUGGAUGUCCAUCACCGAUUUUCCGUUUCCAGAUUGGAUGAGCCCCUUCGACCGCGUGGUCUGCGGUGAGUUCAAUGGACCGAACGGCUGCCCACGGCGACGCGGACGACAGACGUACACAAGGUUUCAAACGCUAGAAUUAGAAAAAGAAUUCCAUUUUAAUCACUACCUGACGCGUCGGCGCAGGAUAGAAAUCGCACACGCCCUAUGUCUCACAGAAAGACAGAUCAAAAUAUGGUUCCAGAAUCGACGAAUGAAAUUAAAGAAAGAACUGCGUGCAGUGAAAGAGAUAAACGAACAAGCCCGCCGGGAGCGAGAAGAGCAGGACAGAAUGAAGCAACAGCAACAGGAAAAGCAGGCGAAACUCGAAAGCCAGCACCACGGUCACCACGUGACCCACCACCACGACCCGAUGAAGAUGCCCAUCGACAAGGGCUCCAGCGAUAUCCUAAAAGUGAAUAAAGUGCCGACGUAAGGCGCUCGCAAGCCGCUUACUAAAUCCUGACUGAUACUGUAUCAUAUAGUGUGAAUACAUGAAUGGAAGUGUUACGUCCAUAAGGACCUGCGGGCACCGUUAGUUUCCUAUCCACUAGUUUUAUUUUGCGGCUGAUUGAGUAGGAGUGUUGCCUCGUUGUGGAGGUGUUUCGUGACUUUAAUUAUUGUAUUAAUGUUCCUUUAGUGCGAAGGACUUGCCUCGGUGUCAUUCGCUGUGGACGGGCUGGAGAAGUGCUUUAAGCAUUUAUUUUGUUGCCAUAACCACACCAUGUAUUGCAAUAAUAUUUUACUAAAUUUUACAAAAACGUUAGUGCGUCGCUCUAAGAUUUACAAGCCCGAGUGGAUUUCGGUAUUGUUAGAUAAGAUUUUAAAUCUGUGAAUCUCAUAGUAUUUAUUGCUACCACUUAUUUUAAUCCAUUAUGUUAUAUUUUUUUAUUGAUAGAUAUUAUAUUAUGUACAUUUUGAUGUAUAUUUUAUUAUUUGUCUGCUGUUAGUAGACUGGUUAUGUUUUGAGGGUCACAUUUUUAUGAUUCUAAAAUUUGUUGUUUUAGCGGUUGGUUUCAAAAAAGUUGCGUUUAUUUUUGUCCACAUUGUGCUUCAUUUUGGUAGUUAGGUCUACACAUUGUUGUUUGAUUUAAACAUUUUUAUAGUUUAAUUUUAUCGGCAGUUUUACAAAACUUUAUUUUUUUAUUCCCAUAAGAGCGUUAGACGUUUAAUUGUAACUAAAUACGUAUUGAAGUACAAUUGCGUGUAGGUUCUCAUUAUAACGAAUGUUGUUUUGUAAUCAAUGUUUUCAUAAAAAUAAUAAUAUUAAAUGCGGUAUUUUUGAUGAUGAUUCUACUUUAAAGUAGUGAAACCUUGUCCAGAUAUUCGACAUUAUUUGAAUUUCAAGUAUUAGAAAAAUACAGUGUCCAUACUUCCCAAUUCAUCAAAUGUUCAAAAAUAUAUACGUAACAUUGAUACAUAUAAUAAACAAUAAUGUUACUAAAAUAAAUUUUACAUGUAAUUUUAAAGUUGAUUUAAGUGUAAUAUAUAAAUAGAUAAUGUAGGUUCAACUUUAUACUAUAAAGUAUUGCUAAGAUUUAAAGCUAAUUGAUUCAAGAGGGGGCGGAAUAUAAAAACACAAUUUCAGUCCGUUUAAUUACUUCUGCAUGUAACCAUCAUUUACAAUUAAUAGUUGAUGGCAAGGAAGAUAUCUUAUUUAAAAAAAACUGUAUAAAUAAAAACGAUUAUAAGCUGAUUCGGCUUAUCCAUCCAUAAUUUUAAUUCACAUUUGGAAUUUGGAUAUUACUUUCAUGAUUAUUAUUUUUCAGUUUUGCUUCUAAAUCCACAUUGUGCCAAAAUAUUAUUAUAAAAAUAACUAAACCUAUUUUGAAUCUAUUGGUUAUGGAACUUUUCAACUUUUGUAUUUCCACGCCCGAACAAAAAACACAAAAUUCCUCUAUACGUAAAUCAGAACAAAUAUUAAAUUAGGACUCUAAAUUUAGUGUUGAUAGUCACCAUUAUACGUAAAUUAAUGUCAGGGUAGAGUUAAAGAAAAUUUUAAUAAAUAAUGUAUCUAUUAAAAUGAAGAUGUUCGCUUAAUUUUGGUAAUAAUCAUCACUCAAUAGAUCUGUCCACUGUAUUAUUCAUACGAAUACAAUUAUAACUAUCAGUAGCCGUAUUUUAAUACUAUAGUUAUUAUGUACCAAUAUCAUAAGCACGAGAUCCUUUUAGAUUUAAGCAUCUCAUACAUAGUACAUGGUACACUAUAUGAAAUAAAAUGACCUAACUAUUUUAUUUUCUACUUUUUAAGUUUCAAAAACUUUAUACAAGCAAUAACAAAGCAGUGAAUCACUUUACAUGAGGGUUUAUAUAAUGAAAGCCUUGGGCUUUAUUAAAUUUACU